GGAAGCCCUGCAGCAGACUCACAGACGGAUGCAGAGGGGAGGAGUGUAGAGGUACUGUGGUGUUUGGAGGAGGGACUCCUUCAGUUACAGAAGUGAGGCGUCACAAGUUCCUGGUUUCCAGUGAAGAAGAAGAGAGGCAGCAGUGAACCAUCAGAGCCUCAUCAUGAAAGUCCGUCACACUCUGAUCUGCUUCUUCUUCCUUUCUCUGCAAGAGGGAAACCCUGAAGUCAACGACAACAAAAACAUUUCAUUUGGACUCGUUGGAGGAAAUCUUACAGCUGGAUUCAGAUUUACUGCUGGAACAUGGAAAAUAUUCUGCAGAGGAGAAUGUGAAGGAGAAAACAUCCUUAUUAAUACAACAGAUGAGAAGCAUCAACAUCAAAGAUACAGCACUGAAUAAAAAACAGAAAAAUAUGCUCCUACUUUGUCUGUGAGCAUCACACAGCUGAUCAUGUCUGAUGCUGGACAGUACAGCUGUGCUGUGGCUGAAUCUCCAUCAUCAGUUUCAUACAAACAGUUUGAAGUUGUUGUUGCUGAAGCACUGCUGGAUGGAAACGAUGAUCAGCUGAAACACUUUGAUAAAGAAACUGGAAGCUCUCUCACAGUCGGAUGUUCCUUUAAUCAGGCUGGAGGACAAAAGUUCUUCUGCAGGGGAGAAUGUGGAGAGCAUGAGGUUCUUCUUCAAACCUAUGGUGAAGAUGAUUUCAAAGACAGAUACAGAAUUGGAUUUAGAGGAACGUCAGAGGAUAAAUAUAAAGGAGGAGGAAUUCUGUAUGUGACGAUCACACAGCUGACUGAGUCUGACUCAGGACCGUACAGAUGUUCUCUGAAUCCAGCUGCUGGUCAAGGUUCAUUCAGAGACUUUGAGAUCAACGUCACAGAUGUCGUCCAAUCAGCCUCCCCACCUUCACUCACCACUGAGCAGCCCAAGAAAACAUCUGAAGGCACCACUGUGUCCACAGAUGGUUUGCCGUCUGUGGGUCUGACUGUGGCUGUCAUCAUCAUCAUCGUCAUCCUUUUAUCAGUGUCUGUGCUGAUAUUCUGCAAGAAAAGAUCUGCAAAGAGUCAUCCUGUGGAAACAGAGUACGAUGCUGUCACAGAGACCAACAACGCCGUGUAUGAGGAAAUCAGAGAUGAGGGCGGACAGAAAGGAGCCGCUCCUGUGGAAAUCAGUUCAGUUUAUGCUUUGGCCAAAUACAACAACACGCCUGAAACCACCGAUGAUUACAGCGUGAUCACUGCAGCCACGCCUGAGCACAGCGUAAGGAAAACGCUGGACAGAACGAAGCAAAACUGUAAUCUGGGAAAGGCUGAGGACGACUCGAGCAAACUCACCAAAUCUGAGCUGAAUAGUUCAAAAGCAGACGUGGACUCUCCCAGCAGCACCUCGCCUGAGCCUCAGGGAGACGCAGGCUCUGACCCGAGCGCCUCUCUGGAAAAUCCACUGUAUUCUACUGCAGACUAGCUUCUGUUCUGCUGAUGGCAUAUUUUCUCCUGCAGGGUUCAAAAUGAAGUCGUUCUCUCACAAAAUGUGAGAUUCUUUUAAUUCAACGAUGUGACAGUUUGAGGGAAACAGUUGAAUACAGGGAGAGUUUUGACUUUCUGACACACGAGCUUUAACCAUGGGAAGAAAUUCUGCUGCUGGCUGAAGUAACCAAACUGAAAACUUGGUUAAAGUUUCAUAUUUUACACGUUCAUGCUUUACACUCUCAUCCCUACAUGAGUUUGUUUUUCUUUACACUUAGCCAGAAGUAAACCGUUAAGAGUACAGACUGCACAUUUUACUGAGCUAAAGCUAAUAACUGUUUAUUCAUUUUAUGAAUAAAUGCUGAUUGUUUUUAAGUGAAGUGGGGAGUGUUAUUGGCAGAAUGACCUCAUUCACAUGAGGUCAUAAUAAGGAUUUGUUGUGUGAGCAUCUUUGCUUACCAACCAUGUUCACUAUUACAUGUUUCAUGCUAAUGUUCUUUAAAGCUAAUGUAUUUAUUUAUUUUAAAUUGCUCUGCAGAGUAGCUGUCAAAUAAAUGUUGAACUCAUGGUAUGUUUCUUUUUGCAUUUAUAAAAUCUUCCUAUUUUAUAAAUAGUGUGAGAUUGUAAACAUCUGUUUCAGGCAGCAGCAAACACAGGAAGUCAGUAAGUUUGCAUAAGAUCUGUUCUUCAUGCUGUUGACUGAAAUUACCCUGGGAAACAUUUACAUACGUGAUGAUUGAUGCCACCACUGUCAUGUUUUCAGUCUGAUUAGUAGAGAAGGACAGUAGGACAGAUAAGGACAGCAGAGCGCUGUAUGAGCAUCUCAGCAAAGACCUUCAUCCUGUGACGCAGACGCAGGCUGUGAAGUCUGUGUUGGUAACAGAAGCUUCACAGGUAUUUCAGGGGUUGUUCUGUCAGUUUGCUAAUGAAAGGUAACUGUGAGAGGCUUUGGGACGAGAGCAGCUGGAAGCUGGAUGAAUCUGCUUUGAUUCAGCUAUUGAUCAUUUUCAUUUCAUUUUAUUAGUUUCUCGCUGUUUAAAUUAAUUCAUACUCAUUAAUUUUAGGGCAGUUUGCAACCCCAGUUCCAAGAAAGGUUCAAAGUUGUGUAAAAAUUGAACCAAAAAUGAAUUUAACAAUCUGCAAAUAUUUCAUUCACAAUAGAGCACAGAAAAUAUAUCAAAUGUUUAAACUAAGAACAGGUCAUUUCAAGAAAAAAGAGAAAGAACAAAGAAUAAAAAAGGAAAAUAAACCCAGGCCUGCUUUAGUAAGUUCCUUAUUUUGCUUCUGCAUUACAGUGUUUAAAACUAAUACUGUGUAAUGUUUUAUUACAGUUUUAUUACAGUUUCUAGUUAAAUAAAUCAAACACUGGUGAUUGGUCAGAAAAAGCUCAUUCAACAACUCACCGGACUCCAGCAGCUGUUUGCAGAGCCAGCUGUUCUGGAAAUGAGGAAAAGAGGAGGAGCAGGUGAGGAAGAGGAGGAGCUGAUGCUCACUCUCAGAUUUGGUGGAUCAGCGGCUCUGCUUCCAAAAUGUGCAUCGCCCUCUGACACACUGAGACACAUAAUCACACACUUUCUCACGGAGCUAAAAACAAAUUCAUUGUUGUGACAAAGUGACUCAGACCGUGUGUGUUUCUACAGGCCGUACACUUAAAGUCAUGCAUGCUUUGGGUUUGAUGUCAGGUAUAAACACGCUCUCUGUGCACAUGCACGGACAUGAGAGUAAGUAACUGUAACCAUGGUUACAGGGCGCCGUCCUUUGUCCAUCAUGAUUCCUAAUAAACGAUUUCAGGUCAUUAUUCCUAUUCUGUGCUUGGAAACAGUUUCCGUCGUGAAAGUGAGGCAACGACGUCCAUAAUCCAAGCAGAACAAGCUCGUCACACCACGUGCUCUGUCAUCCCCAACUUUAACUGAGUGCAUUUUCUCAAUGCCAGGAGGGGGCGCCGUGGCUCACAAAACCACCCAGAAGUUGACACAAUGCAUGUUGACAUUUGGAAUA